AUGUCACUAACUUGUAAAGCUUUCCUCUUAGCUGUUUGCAUCGCAUUCGCCUCUGCCCAUCCGUCUGGUUCAAACCACUCUCCAUACAACGGACAGAUUGCGGGCUCCAAUGUUGCCCAGCAGAUCUUUUUGGGUAGAUUCAUCUCAACACCAACUCCUGAUCAGCUUUCAAUCGAGAAAGGCGCAGUUCUUGUUUCUAGUGCAGAUGGCAAAGGUUUCAUUGAGGCCGUCGCAUGGAACGUCACCGACCCAGCGGCAGCAAUCACCGCCCUAGGAGCCACCAGCGGAACGACGGUGGUCACUGCAGACGACGAUAGCUUCUUUUUCCCAGGAUUCAUCGGUAUCGGCCCAAAGGACCUUGAUGAUGGGCAUAUUCAUGCUCCUCAAUAUCCAAAUCUUGGGCUGUUCGCAGGAACAUUGCUUGACUGGCUGCAGGCCUACACCUUUCCCAUGGAGUCUAGCCUGGAUCCAUUUGCGAGAGCACAAGCUGUCUACUCCCACGUGAUUGAAAAAACACUUUCAUAUGGAACGACCAGUGCUGCAUACUAUGCGACCGUCGAUGUGCCAGCAACAAACCUUCUUGCCGACUUGGCUUUCGCAAAAGGCCAACGUGCUUAUAUUGGCCGGACAUGUAUGGACAAUCAACAGUAUAAUCCGGAGUAUUUUCGAGAUGAGUCACCCGAGGAUGCCAUCAACAAGACCCUCGCAACAAUUCAACAUAUUCAGGGCAUUGACCCUUCUGGAGAACUCGUCGCCCCGAUAAUAACCCCUCGAUUUGCGCCAGCAGUGACGAAUGAGUCUAUGACUCUGUUGGGUAACUUGGCCAGACAGAUGAACCUUCGCAUCCAGACUCAUAUAGAUGAAAAUGUCGGUGAAGUCAAAUUGGUAGCAGAGAUGUACCCCGAACAGUCUACCUACGCUGGUGUCUAUGACGCUCAUGGACUUCUCACAAAUCGAACGAUUUUGGGACAUGGUAUCCACAUGACGGACACAGAGAUUGCCUUGGUUGCAGCACGAGGUGCCGGGGUGGCUCACUGUCCAACAAGCAAUUCAGCACUUGGUUCGGGAAUCUGUCAUGUUCGCAAGCUUAUCGAUGCUGGCGUGAAGGUUGGACUAGGAACUGAUGCGGCAGGUGGAUAUUCUGCAAAUAUACUUGAAGUGGUGAGGCAGGCGUUCCUAGUGAGCCGACUUCUCAGUUUCCAAGAAGGGCAGAAUUCAAGCCUCAGCGUACCGGUGGCUGAAUCUCUAUAUCUUGGAACCAUGGGUGGUGCAAGGCUCACCGGUAUGGAAGGAAGACUUGGUGGAUUUGCACCUGGAAUGCUGUGGGAUGUUCAAGAAAUAAAGCUAGGGGACUGGGAAUAUGAAGCAGUAGAUAUCUUUGGCUGGGAGAAUUGGCACGACAGGGUCAACAAGUGGGUGUGGAAUGGGGACGAUCGGAACGUUAAUCGUGUCUGGGUGGGAGGAAGACUAGUCCACCAAAAAUAA